UCCUCCCGUUUCCCCUCAGCCCCUUUUCCUCAGAGCGACCCCGGGCGGCGGCGGGGACGCUGAGGCGAAGCGACGACGACGACGACGACGGGCGGGCGGGAAAAGGACCAGCCGCCGCCAAGACGGACUUCCUGUGGGACAAACGCACCGGGCUGACGGCCAAGAGGAUGCCUCGUUCUCGGAGGUUUCUGUCUUCGGAACGUAGCAGCCGGGGCAGCUACCGCGAGUGUUACCGCAGCCGUAAGCACAAGCGGCGACGGAGCCGUUCCCACUCGAGUAGCAGUGAGCGGUGGCGUCACAGAGAGGACAGCUAUCACGUCCGAUCCCGGAGUUACGACGAUCGCUCGUCCGACCGACGUGCCUACGACCGGCGAUACCUGGAGGAUUACCGGCGAGACGGCUACAGCGACCGGGGCGGCGAUGCCUACUACGAGCCCGAAUACCACCCUUCGGAUGAGUACCAGCGUUCCCGGGAUGGCAGUUACCGGAACUGCAAGAGCAACCGGCGGAAACGGCGACGGAGACGGCACGGAAGCCGCUCCUUCAGCCGUUCCUCCUCGCAGAGUCGUCCCAGCAGCAGGAGGAGAGCCAAGAACGUGGAGGACGACGUGGAGGGCCACCUCAUCUACCGCGUCGGCGACUGUCUCCAAGAGAGAUACGAGAUCAUUACCACUCUCGGGGAAGGCACCUUUGGCCGCGUGGUGCAGUGCAUCGAUCACCGCAGGUGAGGCGACAACCGGCUGGGGCUGAUGAAAAAUUUGACUCUGGGGAAAGGUAUCUUUCUGUUUCCUCUCCAUUCUUUCCCUCCACCUCCUUCCUUCCCUCCCUCUCUCUUAUCCUUUCUCUCCCUCCCAGUUCUACACGAGAACAAGCUCACCCAUACAGACCUCAAGCCGGAGAACAUCCUUUUCGUCAACUCGGACUACGAGAUGACCUACAACCUGGAGAAGAAACGGGACGAGCGCAGCAUCAAGAACACAGGCAUUCGGGUGGUGGAUUUCGGCAGUGCCACUUUCGAUCACGAGCAUCACAGCACCAUCGUCUCCACGCGGCACUACCGGGCACCCGAAGUCAUUUUGGAACUCGGCUGGACCCAACCCUGCGACGUCUGGAGCGUUGGCUGUAUUAUCUUCGAGUAUUACAUGGGCUUCACCUUGUUCCAGACCCAUGACAAUCGCGAACACCUGGCUAUGAUGGAGCGUAUCCUAGGCCCCAUCCCGUCGAGGAUGAUCCGAAAAACCAGGAAGCAGAAAUAUUUCUACCACGGACAUUUGGACUGGGAUGAGAAUACCUCGGCGGGGCGCUACGUGCGUGAAAAUUGCAAGCCGCUCCGGGAUCCAGGCAUAAUUCAACACCGGCCGAAUACUGAUUAUGCUACCCUGGAUGUAUAUAAUCCUUUUGAUAAUUCGGGGCUUCCCCCGCCAUACCAGCCCCCGCCCUCGGCUCCCACCAUCCCUUCUGUGCCCACAGUUCCUGCCUUGGAGGUGCCCAAGAAACACAACAAUGCGGAGCCCAAAAAUUACGGCUCGUACGGGACACAGGAAGCAGCCACCGCAGCUAAGGCCGACCUCUUAAAACGCCAAGAAGAGUUGAAUCGGAAAGCCGAAGAGCUGGACCGGAGGGAGAGGGAGCUGCAGAACGCGGCCUUGAGCAGUGGAGCAGCCAAGCCGAACAAUUGGCCCCCGCUGCCUUCCUUCUGCCCCGUGAAGCCCUGUUUCUACCAGGAUAUUUCUGUCGAAAUUCCCGUGGAGUUCCAAAAAACGGUCACCAUCAUGUACUACCUUUGGAUGGCCAGCACGGUGGGCCUUUUCAUCAACUUCCUGGCCUCGCUGAUCUGGUUCUGCGUGGAUUCCACGGGCGGUUCCGGAUUCGGCCUCUCCAUCCUCUGGGCCUUGAUUUUCACGCCUUGCUCCUUCAUGUGCUGGUACCGGCCCAUGUACAAAGCUUUCCGGAGUGACAGCUCUUUCAAUUUCUUCGUCUUCUUCUUCAUCUUCUUCGCCCAAAACGUGAUGUACGUCCUGCAGGCCGUUGGGAUUCCCGGUUGGGGCUUCAGCGGUUGGAUUAUCACCUUCAGCGCCCUGAGCAGUCACCCAGGGGUGGGCAUUUUCAUGAUCCUUGUCUCCGUGUUGUUCACCAUAAUUGCUGGGCUGGGCAUCAUCAUGUUGAAACGGAUCCACUCCCUUUACCGCCGCACAGGCGCCAGCUUCCAAAAGGCCCAGGCCGAAUUCACCGCCGGCGUUUUGUCCAACCAGACGGUCCGCACGGCCGCAGCCAACGCCGCAGCUGGGGCGGCCUCCAACGCUUUCCAGGCCCCGUGAAAGGAACUGUGACCUGCAGGUUGUCAUCCGUCGGCUGACUUCUCCGGACUCCUUCACCGAAACGAACCUCCCUAUCCCCUCAAAAUGCACGGCCUUGAAAAUCCCUCCUGUCCCCUCCCCCUGAAAUCACCACGUUUGUGCUGAUUUCAAGUCUGGGAUCUCGGCAGGGAAACCCGCGACGGAUCCACCACCACCCACACUCCGGCUGCACUGAACUCUGAAGAUCACGAUUCCUCCCUGAACACGGCUUGAAUCUUCCCUCCUUCCGCCUGAAAAUUUACAGAGGAUCCAGCCACUUAUGUAUUUCUGCUUGUGACUUCUCCGAUUUGCCCAAACCGGAAAGAACAGGGGCCUUUUCCUUCCUGCUCGUGUGCCCCCUCCCCACCCCCCCACCCCAAAAAAAUAUUUGGCUUUUCUCUUUCGCCUUCAAUCCUGUGGGGAGCUGAUCCUCCCCAAAUUAAUUUUAAGUUUCCUUUCAUCUCCCUGCUGCAGAAAGUCCCCUAUUUUCUGCAAAUUUGCUAAGCCCAACAUGCCCCUCCACCGUUCGUACGUUCCUCCUAUUUAAGGCGUUUUUUUUUCUUCUCACCCUUAAGCAUCUUUUAAGAAGCGUGGACUUCCAACUCCCAGAGUUGCCCCAGGCUGGCUGGGGAAUUCUGGGAGUUGAAGUCUCCACAUGCCCUUUUAAAAUCCCCACCCCCUCAAGAGACACCGCGAAAGUGAAUCCAUCCGUAGAAUUCUGCUCGAUGUCCGUCGAAAUGAAGACGGCCUUUUCAAGUUUUUUUUUUUCUUCUUACGCUACCCUAAGCCGUGGGUUUUCCAAACUCGGUCAACUUUUAAAAGCGUGUGGACUUCAACUCCCAGGAUGCUCCCUGGCUGGCUGGGAAUUCUGGGAGUUGAAGUCCUACCUUCUUCAAAGUUGCUUAAAUUGAAAAAAAUUGCUUUUAUUUUUUUAUUUUUUCUCUCUUUUAUUUUGAUCUCUCCCGCCAGUGCUGGCCGCUGGGAGGUGAAUUCCCUUUAAAAAAAAAAAUCAUUUUAUUAGCAACGGGAAUAAUUUUAUUUGGCUCAAAAGCUACCCCUGGCCUCUUAAGAUCGCUUUUUCGGCCUCUGUGGUGCCUUCUUUUUAGUUACUGAUCUUUUUGAGUUCUUUUUCUUCCAAGUUCACACGCCGCCCACUGUCGGAGUUAAAAGGGCUGUUUUUUUUUUUGCGGAUGAAUAAAUUCUCCAAUCACCCCAAAAUUUGAGAAUUGGGAUAUCAGAAGCAACCUGAAAUCUUUCAUCUUUGACUGCUUCUCUUUUUUCAGCGCCUGUCAGAAGGGAGGGGACGCAGGACUGAUGGAGGCUCCCCGCUUUAAUUUUGGCCACGUUUUGGGGUCCUUUGAUGUGUUCAUCAUUUGGGGGACGUCUCCCCCAAUGUAUAGUUCUCCGCA